ACCAUGGAGGCCCCCUUUUGUCUGCUGAUGCUGGUGAUGGUGGUGGCCUCAGGGACCCUGUGGGCAGGAGGUGACACAUUUGAAACCCUCAUCAUUGGGGGUCAUGAGGUUAUCCCCCGCUCCCGUCCAUACAUGGUCUCACUGAAGAAAGCUGGCGCCCACCUGUGUGUGGGGGUCCUUGUGCACCCACAGUGGGUGUUGACAGCUGCCCACUGCGUGACCCAGCCGACCAAGUUGAGGCUGGUGCUGGGGCUGCAUGCGCUCAGAGAGCCUGGCCUGGCCUUGCGAGUGAGUGCAGCAGUCCUGCACCCCGAGUUCAAGAAGCCACCCCAUCUGGAGCAUGACCUUGCACUGCUUAAGCUGGACAGGAAGGUGAGACGCAGCAGGACCAGCAGGCCCUUGGCCCUGCCCCCAGGGCGCCAGAAGGUGGUGGCGGGCACGCUGUGCAGUGUGGUCGGCUGGGGGUUGACCCAGCAGGAUGGGCAGCUGGCCAGAGUGUUGCGGGAGCUGGAAAUGCAUGUGCUGGAUGCCCGGAUGUGCAACAACAGUCGCUUCUGGCACGGUGACAUCACCCCCUACAUGCUCUGUCUGGAGGCCACUUCCAGGAACCGGGCCCCCUGCAAGGGCGACUCAGGUGGGCCCCUGAUGUGCGGCAAAGACCAGGUGGCUGGAAUCCUGUCGUUCAGCUCCCCGGACUGCACUGACAUCUUUAAGCCUCACGUGGCCACCGCCGGCCCCUAUGUAUCCUGGAUCAAGAAGACUAUCAGCCACUGGCCUGCCCCACCUCAGGCCUGAAGCUCCAGGGUGACCCUGACUCUCUCACUCACAGGUCCCUUUCUUACAGGGUUAUGGGGAGGAACGGAGAGGGGACUGGC